AUGUCUUUACCUCCGGAACAGAUCAGUAUCAAACGCCGUCGAGAGGAGGAACCAGUGGAUACGUUAUAUAUCCAGUCUGAUCUACAUCAGACGAAACGCCGUUUCACAGACUUCGUGUUCCAGCGAGUCCAGGUUAGUGCUAAGGAUCUGAAAGGCGGCUCCCCGAGUGCUUCACCCAUAUCAGCGGCGCAGAGGUCAAUUCUCACUCCGCGCUCUGUGAGUGCCUCUCUAUCCCCAAAUGUGCUGAACCGUGCUACCGGGGGGGUUCCCUUGGUCAGAGCCACAUCCCCCGGGGCAGAACUUCGUGAAGAAAAACGUCUUGCGGCCCUUCGGAAGGAAGCCGAGGAGAAGGUGAAGAGGGCUUUGGAUUCUUUACCGGGACCCGCUCAACGCGGCACUCACAAUGAAAGCCCAAGUCGAGAUUCCGUUGCUGAAACCCCCGCGGCUGGGGUGUCAUCCACCUCAAGUGCGCGAAACAGUUCGGCAUCUUCUCCAUCACGGGCGCAGUCGCUGCGACGGUUCCAGAUUUCGAGAUCAAGUACGCCGAUGAGUCCCCUCCGAAGCAGUGGUGGAGGGGUACAGAAACGUAAAGCAGACAAGGUUGCAGUGCUCGUGGAGAAGCUUCAGCGCAAACCGCAUUCACGGCAGGCGUCUUUGGUGGCUGAUGCGGCCGUGCGAGCGGAUGAUGUUGGCUCUCGUGACAGUUCCGAUGUGGCUGAUGAACAGCCUGUCCGUCUACGGAAGAGACCGGUGGUGAACCAAGCUGAAAGAAAAUGGAGGGAGGAGCGUAAGGGGGCGAUCUUGGCUGCCAAAAAGCAUAUCUCGCAGGUGCUCGAACAAGGGGCCCAAGCGCGCCACAGCAACUGGGAAGACGAGUCAGAGAGGCUGGCUCGGGACUUCGAGCAAAUCGCAUUGGAGCUCGAGGGGGAAUUGGAAUUGGAAACAGAGGUGUCGCCCGUGGAGACGAAACAUAAUCGUCAAUCUGUUGCCGAGCGGACUCGUUCGGUGAUGCCCAAGCCUCCAUUGAAAUAUCCUCCUCGCACACCCAACAAGCUUCGAGCCGCGAGUUCUGCAGAACGCACGCAAGGGGCGGCGAGUCCUGAAGGAUCCAUCAAGCCUGCCACACCAGCACCGCACCAUUUACCCUCCGCUGCAGGGCAGGAUGAUGAUAGUGACGGGGAGUAUGUCUACGAUACAUACAUCAGGCGUCCUCUGCCGGAUGGAGGACAGCUUAUGAACCCACUAGCGGAUUUGGAACUGAACCAAGACGAGUGGUUCCGUCAAAAGGGGAUCGAUACGAGUCGCCAGGACAUCGGUGUGAUCGUCAUCACACCGGAGGAUGAAGAAUACUGGGAGCAUUUUGCAGAAGAGGAUGACGAUGAAGAUCAGUGGGACAGUGAAGACGGCGAUUCCAACGCUGAAAAUAACCCUGCGAAUGACUAUCCAGACGAAGAACUUUCCUGGGACGACGAAGAGGACGAUCCCAGAGCCGUCUACAGCAAGUAUCGACGCCACCAGUCGGAUGACGAAGAGUUCAACUUCGACGAUUCAUCCAGUGAGCGCUUUGGGUAUGGUUACGGAUACGGACUUGGACAACGGACGCACGUGGACUCUGAUGACGAGAGCUGGUGA